CAGGCAGCCUGGAGCCCCGGGUCGAGGUCCUGAUUAACCGCAUUAACGAGGUUCAGCAAGCCAAAAAGAAAGCCAGCGAGGAGCUGGGCGAGGCUCGGAGCAUCUGGGAGGCCCUGCAGCGGGAGCUCGACUCUUGUGCGUAGGCCAGGGCUCGCCCCGCCCUCAGCGUCAGCCCCCGGAGCCAGAAGACCCUGAGGAUUCUCCGGCUCCACUGCCAGGGGAAGGAAGGUGAGGCGCAGAGGAAGCACAGUGUGCUGCAGGGGUGCAAGGCCCGGAUUUCUGCCCUGAACUCCCAGAUUGAGGAGGAGAAGAGCAAACAGAGGCAGCUGAGGUUGGACUUCGAGGAGCAGCUGGAGGAUUUGAUGGGGCAGCACAAGGACCUCUGGGAAUUCCACAGGCCAGAGCGACUGGUCGGGGAGAUGGACGCCUUGGACGGCAGCAAGGAGCAGCUGCUCAAGGAAGAGAAGCUGGUGGAGGCGAAGCUGGAAGACGUGAAGCGCCGGCUGCGCUCCCAGCUGGGGGCCCAGGGCCCCGCCACCGUCUCCGAGGGGCUCUUCCUCCGCAGCCCGGAAGCAGCAGCCGUGGUGACGCUCCUCGAGGAGGAGAACGGCAAGUCCCAGGCGCUCCUGGAGGCCGCAGCCCAGCGCCACGAGCAGCUGCGGCAGAAGUGCCAGCAGCUGCGGCAGAAGAGGCAGAGGCUGAAGGAGGAGCUGGAAAUGCUGGGGGUGCAGGUCCCAGUUCAAGCCCAGAGCAGGCGAGAGGAGGGGACUGGCCUCGGAGAAGACGCCGCGCCCAAGUCCCUCGGAAUCAGAGAGGAGAAAGACCCGGAGCCGCCUGCCCAGCGAGGCCCAGUGCCCUGCUAG